UUAUCUAAAUUCCAAAGGCAUAUAAACCUCCCUGAUUGGACAUGGACGGUAGACACCAGUAGUGAUGCUUCUUUGACUAGUCAUCGCCAUCUAAAACUUGUGGACAAACCAGAAGGUUUGUUACCAGUCGUUGGUGAAAACACAUGCCACGUCGGAAUUGACCAGUCAAAGGUCAACGAGGUUAGCAAGGAAUUCUAAGAUUUUAAAUAGUUCACACUUCACGUAACAAUUGAUCUUGUGAUUCUUUCAACAGACAAUUUCUCCCCCUUCUGACUGAGAUCAGAUUAGGUGUAGUGGAGCAAGAUUGCUAUUAAGUCUAACAGAGCACAUUGUAAUUAGGGUUGAAUUAGGAGAAAUUCUUACGUCCGGCUAUUUUUACAUUUUUUUUUUUUUUUGUGCUUGUGUUACACAUGCAGCUGGAUAUAAGAAUAUGUUAGACUUUGCACACCCACACCACACGUCCGUAUACAAUUUACAGAAAAGCUCAUAAUGAUCCAUCCCAUGAAUUCUAGCGUCUCCCACCCCGACUUGAUCCCAUCCCUUGUGUCUUGGCCGAAAGUGUCACACCACGUGACGUUUGGACCAAAAACUUUCUCCUUAUUCAGACAUUUAGUGAGAUCGAGUUACAUGAAAUGGAUUGAAUUAAGUCCAAACUAGAUACUAUGCAUAUCAUAGUGUAGAAUUAAGUUAGUGUAUAACCACCCCCAUGUUGUAUUAUUGUUAAACACAAUUACUAUGAGUCAUAAGUCUUCGAUUCAGUGCACGUCUCCAUCAUCUUAGAGCAAAUGUUUUGUUACUUUUGUGGCAUGCAGCAGAAAGAAGAAAAGUGCUCAAAAUUCCCUACUUCUUUCUACACUUUCGGUUCAACCAAACCACAAAUCUCAACUUUCAAGCAAAUCCACCGAAACAUAUGUAGUGCUGCAUCACUCAUUUUAUUGCCUACCUCAAAAUUGAAAAUUUCUACCCUAUUUUUUGGUCGGUUCGAAUCUGUAAUGAUCCUUACCUAAACAAAAACAUUUGGUAUUUUCGUUUGCUAUCCAAAAGUUUAGGAGGAGGGGAGGCUAUACCCCAUUUCAGAGCCAGGCAUAUAUCAUUUUUUUUUUAAUUUUGUUAACUUUCGAGAACACUUCGGUUUUCAGUAUAUUUCAAUUUAUUUUCGGUCUUUGUUCGAUAACUUUCAAUUUUCAUCGAAUUUGGUUCAAGUGUAGGUAUUUCCUUUUUCGGCAUUUAGCAUUGAUUUUUCUGAAUCUCAUUCCUUGUUCAAAAAUCAAAAGGCAACAUUAUUGCCAAUAAUGUAUUGCUUCACUAAAUAUUAUCAAAUACUAGUUUCUCGAGGGGUGUCCAAAUCACCAAGAACGUAGUGGAAAACAAAAUAUUGCCAUAAAUUAUUUUGUUUGGUUUUGGGUUUUCCAGCAUUUGCUACCAAAAUACCACAAAACUCCAAAAUCAAAGUCUUAUUUUAUAUGAUUAUCUUGUCUGGUCCUUCUUGGCAAACUUUCCACCAAAAAGCUGUACAUCAUUUCUGGACGGUGUUAUUCCUUUGGAAUGAAAUAAUUACCUUGUUCAAGCACAGCAUAUUUAAUUGUCAGAAAAUGCUUUAGCUCUUCCAGCAGCAGUUUUAAACGAAUCCAAAAUCUAUUUAAAAGCUUUCCUUCUCUGUUUUCUUUAUAUAUCAUGAAUCUCCUCCAUAUCAUUGUUGUCACCAUCAUCUUCACAACCUUCGCCAACCGAGCUUUCUCCGUAGACCGAAGCUUCGAGCGCUGCGAGCCUCAAACGUGCGGGCAUGGCCCGAACAUAAGCUACCCUUUUUGGCUUUCUGGCAACCAAGACUCCUUCUGUGGUUACCCUAGCUUCAAGAUCACCUGCAACGGAAGAUUUCCGGUACUCAGUAUUUCCGGCGAUGAGUACAUCGUUAAAGAAAUCUUUUACUCAAACCAUUCGUUUGUGCUGGCCAACGCUGCUUGGGUCUAUGAUGAGAAAUGUCCAAUCCCUCUCCACAACUUCAGCCUCGAACGAACGCCUUUCAAGUAUAGUUCCAAUAACGUCAAUUUUUCCUUCUUUUAUGGUUGCCCUGAAGAACCUUCGGAAUACAUGCUUCCAUAUCCCAUUGACUGUGCUAGCAACACCAGCCAUCACUCUUUUGCUAUUUUUCACAUGGAGGUAGUUGAGCGCAUGAACUAUUCGUUAGACUCGUGCCAGUCUUCAGUUCAUUUGCCUUUCGAUGAUGCUGUUAAUGUCGACGCAUUGAUGCAAAUGAACUACACCGAAAUCUUGAAGAUGGGGUUCAUUUUGAAUUGGACUGCGCAGAACUGCAGCAAUUGCCAGAGGAGUGGCGGGCGCUGUGGAUUCGAUAACAAUGAAUUCGUGUGUUUUUGCAGUGAUCGACCUCAUGUCAAAACCUGUGAUGAUGACAAUCCUUGGAACUGGAAGAGGAAGGUUAUUGUAGGUGUUUGCACAGCUGCUGCUACCGUCGCUAUAAUGUGUAUUAUUUUCUUUGUAUACCAACGCCGAAACAGAAAACCAUAUGAUCCAUCGUCCUUCGUAACUCGAAGCAUCCUUUCGAGUACCUAUUCUAUGGACGACGAUAUGGAGAAGGGAAGUACCUACCUUGGAGUACAUAUUUUCAGCUAUAAGGAACUUGAAGAAGCAACUAAUUAUUUUGAUUCUGCGAAAGAACUUGGCGAUGGAGGCUUUGGCACAGUUUAUCAUGGAAAUGUGCACGAUGGGAGAGCAGUUGCAGUCAAGCGUCUAUAUGAAAACAAUUGGAAGAGAGUUGAGCAGUUCAUGAAUGAAAUCGAGAUUUUAGCUCGCCUGCGCCACCAAAAUCUUGUGUUGCUCUAUGGUUGCACCUCUCGACACAGCCGUGAACUCCUCCUUGUGUACGAGUACAUUCCUAAUGGAAAUCUUGCUGAACAUCUUCACGGAGGAAGAGCAAAACCUGGCGCACUUCCAUGGCUUACUCGAAUAAACAUUGCCAUUGAAACCGCAAGCGCACUGUCAUAUCUUCAUGCAUCUGACAUUAUCCACCGUGACGUGAAAACUACGAAUAUUCUUCUUGACAACAACUUCGGUGUUAAGGUAGCAGAUUUUGGACUAUCUCGCCCCUUCCCCAUGAAUGUCACGCACAUCUCAACUGCUCCACAAGGGACUCCGGGUUAUGUUGAUCCCGAGUAUAACCAAUGCUACCAGCUUACGAGUAAGAGUGAUGUCUAUAGCUUUGGUGUGGUGCUGAUUGAGCUCAUAUCAUCCAUGCCGGCUGUUGACAUCACGAGGCAUCGACACGAGAUCAAUUUGUCUACCAUGGCGAUCAACAAGAUUAAAAACCAUACAUUACAUGAGCUUGUAGACCCAUACUUAGGGUUUGAGUCGGACUCAACAACACAAAAAAUGAUCAUUGCUGUGGCAGAACUAGCAUUUCGCUGCCUGCAGACUGACAAGGACGUGAGACCUUCUAUGGUUGAGGUGCUUAACGAACUGAAGCAGAUACAGAGCUACGAUUUAAACAUACAAAAAGCAAAGGAGAUUGAUAUUUCGGCCGAUGAUAAUGUGCCGUUAAAGAGUGAUCCGCUGCCACCUUCACCAGAUUCCGUGGCAUUAAGCUGGACUAGCGCGUCUACGUCACCAAAGGGCAGCGGUAAACUUUUUCGUUCUCCGCCAUAAGUGGUGGCUGUCAUUUUGUAUUCAUCUACUGAACUUGUGAUUUGUUGAAUGAGAUGUAUAUAUUAUGUGAGAGCUGACAAAGAUUUAUGUAUGCUAAGGCAGGUCCUUGUUUUUAGGCUA